UCAGAGCGAAAAGGCGGGCCGCCGAGAGAGUCGUAGUGCAGCUGUCCGGCAUGUUCUCAGCGAGCAUCCGGUUGACAAAGGAGGGUAGAGGGACGGUCCCGUCUUCUGCCGAGGCGUCACCCUCUCCCAUGCAGGCACGAAGAUGCUCAUACCGCCAUCAGGUCGGGCCCGCUGCAGAACCUCGCGGCGCCGUCUUGAGAGGGCAGCUAGUAGAACUCUGGGCGGGACCGUGAGAGGGACGGCCGGCUCAUCUGGGCUGGUAUGGGUCUGCGGCUUUCUGGGGAGCGGGGCUGCCGGGUGUAGGUCCUUGAGCUGCUGGAGCGUUGCCGCUGUCGCCGGAGCGACCUUGGCGGCCGUCAGCCGCCUUGCCGCACGCGACAGCUCUCCCUGUUUCACAAAUCUCUCUGCUGCUCGCAGCUUGAUUUCCUCCAGGGAUGGCUCAGACACGCCGUCCACCGGUCCAUCGCCGCGUGGAGCAAAUAUGUGGCGACCCUGUUUAGCAAAAUUCCGAGACUCGUCGAGCAAUCCUUGCCACUCUCCAGCCCAGAACCGCUGAAAGCGAGCGCUCCACUUGCGAUGGCCGCCCUUUCCGCCGCGAUUCAUCGGGAAGAGCAGCAUAGUCGGCACGAAAAUGGCUGUCAGGCAGCCGACAUCCGAGUCCUCUUCGUCCUUCACGUACUUCUCGGUAGUGUCCACCACCAUGCUUAGCGAUUCCCGGACACACCCAGGUAUGCGGGAUAUGGUGCGAACGCCCAGCUUGAAAUGAUCAUCCCAUUGCUCGGCGGUGAGACUGCAGAGAUAAUCAAGCCCACGCUGCGGGAAAAUGCGUCUCGAGCGAAACCAGUGGGAGUCGUGGGGCGGGUCUGGUGGUGGACCUGGGGGAGGUGGAGGUCCUCCGCCGCUUGGGGGCGGCCCAUUGCCGCCCGAGUCACCAUCUCCUGCUCCGCCAUCCCCCGGGCCACCGGGUGGCGGGCCGGGCGGCGGCGGGAGUGCGAAUCCCCCUCCACCUCGAGCACCGCGGACGCCUCGUGGGGCUCCACGCGUUCCUCUACCGCGACCCCUCCCCCGAGCUCGGCGCGGCGGCGGCUGCGAAGCACCACCUUCACCAUCCCCGCCUCGCCCCGUCGCAUCACGGGUAUCUAGGGGCGUGUCUCGGGUGUCCGGAGCCGGAUUGACCGUGUCUCGGUUGAUCGAAGGCGGCGGCGGUGGCGGGGGAGGUGGAGGGGGCGGGGGUGGUGGUGGGGGUGGUGGGGAUGAUGGAGGCGGUUGAGAGCCUCCUCCCGGGCUCGAACAGGAGGGCGGCGGGGGAGGGUUGGGCGCAGUCUGCUGUCGUCGCAACUCACGGGCCCGACGGCCUCUCCCCCUGUGUUGCCCCGCCUCCCGCUGACGGAAGCACUGACCGCCACAGAAAGCCGUACAUAUCAUACAUCUGCCAAAACCCCUGUUCCUGGCUGAGCGCCGGCGGGCGUCUGGCGGCGGCUGAGAGGAGGGCGUAGGGGCGGCGGGGUCAUCAAGCCAAGCUGACAGGACGUCUCUCAAGUCGCAAAGCCCUUCUGGAGGACCCGGGUUCUCCGGAUCAAAGCCUUCGCGUGCUGCGAUCUCCGCCGCGGCGGAAGGUCGUGUGGCGUCCCACGCAUCGAGGAUGUCGUCCGAUUCUCGAAUGCCCUCGGACGGGUCACGAUUGUCGGGGUCGUAGCCUUCGCGCGACGUCAUAUCAGCCAGAGCCUCAGGUCGGCCAGGGGGAAGCGUGGGGCGAUCGCCGCCAUUCGGCCCCGCCGCCAAAGAUGGAUCCGCACCCGAGGGUCCGCGGUCCUCGCGAGAUAUCAGCUCAUCCAGAGUGAGUUGCCCGCUGGCACCUGCCCCUCCCCUGCCCCCUGUCAAAUCGCGAUCAUCCGCAAUAUCCAUCCAUCCGCAUCCAUCCAUGGUUUCUCCCACUUCACUCGUCCUGUCGACUUCUCGGCCAUCUCCUGUGGGCGAGAAGUCUAUGUGGGUGUCCUGAUCCUGCUGUUGUUCCAAGCCACUAGAAGCCACUUCCUCCUCCCACUCCUCACGUGGCGGUGCAGCCGCCUCCUCUUGCAGACGCCUGCGGGUGCGGCGUUGCCGUUGUCUAUCAGUGCGACGCUGGCGUCGGAUGCCCGAGCGGGGGGAGGUCUGUAGAUCGGCGAUGCCCUCUGGGUGAGAAGGAGGCGGGACGAGGCGGGUCGGUCCAUUGGUGGCAGCUGGGGGACGUGUCUCCGUCUGACGGGCCCGCAGCAUGGCCGUCAACGCUCGCGACUUCAGCGCAGGCGCAGGGCCACUCACCACAUCGGCACCAGUCGCCUGCAACUUCCCCACCCGCUGCGGGGUCACUCCCAUCCAACAGUAGCAGGGACAUGAAGUGGUUGCCAGCGUAGAAAAUAAAGAGUAUCGGCGGGGGGGGAGGGCUCCAGGACCGUCCUGGGUCGCUGCACACGUCCGCCCUCAGGGUGAAGUGUCUCAUGCUCGCUGAGCAGGAGCGGGACGGUGGGGUCUUCGAAUUGUUCCUCGGCAAGGACGCAGAGAACGAUGGAGGCUCCCGUCACCUUGGCCAGAGAGCGCACGUCACACUCGGUAAGUGACGAAUUCUGCAUGACGUCCAAGAUGUGGUCGCGAGGACUCGCAACAAGGCGUCCAAUUGACCCGACGAACGCCGCCGUUCAAGGUCCCCCACCACCAGCCCGCGCAAUUCUGCCGGUCCGGGGAUAGGGAUGGGAAGACGAUCAGCCGGCUGUUCACUGUCCGUGUGUCAUGGUUUUUCCGGAAGGAAGGUGAUUUCGCAGAGGAGGGAGGUAGCGUUGAGGGGCGUGGCG